UGGAAGAGGAGGAGUCAGAGGGAGAAGGAGCGCUAGAGAAGGGACAGAGCAACGUGCUCCGUGACAGGAGAGUGAGAGCAAGGCAGAGCCAAAAACAGGAUAUGUUUUGAUCGUCAGCACAGCGCGGACCUUUUGGGAUCUAAAAGACUCACAGUGUCCCCCGAAGGAGCAGGAGGCAAACGCAGUGAGGCGUUAGACCAUGAACGGGAGGUGGAGGGUGAGAAACAGAACUAGAGGGUAGAGUCAAAAUGGCUGCACUCUCUUUUGGCUCUGAAAGUAAGAGAGAUUAGUUUAUGUCUCACUAAGGAUAUCCACUCCUUCAUAAACAUUUCGAGGAUCUUUGCCGGACAUCUGCACAGAGACUAAAAGAGGAAACACAUUUUCCCUUUCACUAGAAUACCUUGAAAUGAAAAGUAAGAACAGCAGUCAGUGUUUGUUGUUGUCAUCCCCGACUGAUGAACCCGUUUGUCAUCUCCCGGAGCGCCGGCUUUUGUUGCUGGGCGGGGCAGGAGCUGGCAAGAGCACCGCUGGCAACACCAUCCUAGGUGAGGAGGUCUUCCAGACCGGGACAGAGACCCUUGAGAGCUCCGUUGGCCAUGGGGAGGUCUGUGGGAGGCGGAUCACCGUGGUGGACACCCCAGGCUGGGGUACACCCCAAGAAUCACCGGGUGCUGGCCCUGGUCACCGGCCAGAGGGGGCUGGCAAGGAGGGACCCUGCGUCGGUGCCACCCUUUGUCCCCCAGGGCCCCACGCGCUUCUGCUGGUUAUCCCGGUGUUGCAGCCCUUCACCGAAGGCCACAGGAAGGAGGCCGAGGAGCAUCUGGGUCAACUAGGAGGAGGGGUCUGGAGGUCCACCGUGGUCCUGUUCACUGGGGUGGACCAGUUACCUGAGGGGACGUUUGUGGAGGAGUUCAUAGCCGCUACGGGGAAGCCCCUACUGGAGCUGAUGGAGAGGUGUGGCAACAGAUACCACGUCCUAAAUAGUGGACCACAGCAGAGUGGAGAUGAUGUGGUGAACACCCAGGUUCAGGAGCUGCUGGAGAAGGUGGAGGAGCUGGUAAAGGACACCGACAGCUCCUAUGUUGCCGUGAACAAAUUGAUGGAGGAGGAAAGGAGGAGGUUGAGAAGACACAAAGACACACAGCUGCCUCAGAUGAUCUUUGUGCCUCCCAGAGAGCUCAGGGUCCUGUUGCUGGGCUGGAAAGGAGUAGGCAAGAGUUCAGUGGGAAACACUCUCCUGGGCCAUAGGGCCUUUGAGUCGGGGACAGAGACUCAGCAGAGCCUGAGGAGGCAGGCGGAGGUGGCCGGACGCCGGGUCACUGUCGUGGACACCCCCGGCUGGGACUGGGUUUCCACCAAGCGGAUGAUGAAGAGGUUCCGGAGGGAGACAAAGCACGGGGCCGCCCUCCUCUGGCCCGGCCCUCACACAAUCCUCCUGGUGCUUCCCCUGGUCACCGACAUCACUGACCUCAAACGGCAGGCCCUGAAGGACCACCUGGAGGGUCUGUUUGGUGACAAUGCGUGCCUCCACACAAUGGUGCUGUUCACCUGUGGGGCUUGGCUGGGCCGCCUGCCCGUCGAGGAGCACAUUCAGAGGGGAGGGCGGGAGCUCCACAGGUUGUUGGAAUACUGCGGGAACUAUUAUCACGUGAUGGACAGCAAGCGGCCGGGGAAGGACCCAGGCAACGUCUCAGAUCUUCUGGACAAAAUAGAGGAAAUGAUCAGAGAGAACGGCGAGGAGGCCUUCCUGCCCGUGUCCAUGGAUGACGACUUCACUGGCUCAAUGGACGUCGACUGCUGCAGUUGUUUCAUUUGUGUGGUCGUAUUCAUAAUCAUUUCACUUGGCCUAUUUUUGUUAAUUUAUAAGCUAACAUAAGUUAGGACCCAAUGAAAGAGCCUGCCUGAAAAGGUAAUAAUGUGCAAUGUUAUGGAACACUGGGUAGUAUUCCAAUCACACCCAAAGAUUUUUUUUUCUUUUUUCUUUGAACCAAAGAAUCAGAUCAGAAACCAUGUUUGGGCCAUUUCAACAGGCCAUUUUUUUUUAUAUCGUUCCCUGAUAUUAUUUUCUGUGCCAGUAUGAACAUUAAGGCAUUAAGGACGUCACUGUGUUUAAAGUAAUGAAUUGAACUACAAAUAAUUGCCCUACUAAAGACAAGGAGUUCGGACAACAUGGAUCCGGAGGGAUCAGCCAAUAGAGCCCCAUAUAUUUUACAUUUCAGUAAUUCCGUGAUACUCCCUCCGGAUCCAUGUGGUCCGAACUCCUUGUCUUUAGUAGGACUUACAUACAUCACUGAUUUUACAUCCAGUCUCGAUGACAGCGGGAGGAGACAAGAUUAUUACGAUUAUGAGGAAGUCAUGAAAAUGUAGCCAGGACAUUGGGGUCACAUUGGGGUCAACCCUCCUGCACUUACCGUUAGUGCCAUGGGAUCUUUAAUGACCGCUGAGAAUCGGGACACCCAUUCAACAUCUCGUCCAGAAAACAGCACCAUACACAGGGCAAUGUCCCUUUCACUGCCCUGGGGCAUUGGGAUUUGAUGUUAAGAACAGAAGGACUUCACUUCCAGUAGCUUUUGGUCUUCUAUCCAGGAAAAACCAUGUUAAGCUUUAGAAGCCAGCCAGCAGUGGGACGCAGGUUGCUAAGCUACUGGUUUGAUGACAUUCAAAUGGUGGAUGACUUCAUCUGCAGUACUCUAGAAGUCUGGUGGUAAAGCCCUUCCUCUAACCUUCUCUGUGGAUGACGCUUUACCACAAUGUAGUAAGAAAGGUUUCGAACACGGCCUGUGACUGGACCUGAUGAUUUGGGUUAGAAAUUCAUUCUGUGCCGCUUCUAUGCUGUCCAUGAUGUGCCGCACUAGUAACUGUCUACAGCAUACACUGCUAACUUAAAGCAGGCCAAACGACAGCUGGGAUAAAGUUGGGAUAGUAACUGUACCACGACAGUCUGAGUAACUUACCAAAUUCAAGCUUGUUGCUUUUUGUGUAAUCAACGUCAACUGCUUUCUGUUAGUGUCCUGGUAACGUGCACAGCCAAGGGAAAGCACUCACACAAAUGCGCACAAACCCAGGUAACUGAAAUGUUGUACCUGAGUACAACUGAGUUCAACAGUACCUGAGUUCAACAGUACCUUUGAUCUAUGCAGAGACAUUUAAGACGUUUAGGUUUUUUCUAGGCUCUUUGCAGUUUUGAAAUAUUUUUUUAUUACAGCGCAAAAAGCUGGACAAAUUAUUGAUCCAACAUUUUGUUUAAUUUAAAACGCUUUAUACAGUAUCCAGUGAAGACCGCAACAUGCACAAGCAAAACGAAAAGCUGGAAACAUUUUAGCAUUAUUGAUUUCUUCUUUGGUUUUGUUAAUGCAAAAUGCUAUGGAAAGUAUCAAAUGUCAUUCGAAAGGACCAUAUUUAAAAAAUAAAGGUAUGUUUCUUUAGCGAGACAAAAAUAGGCUACAGUAAAGGCUUUGUCUCACCCGCAAAAUAUGUUAGUUUUUUUAAAUAAAAUGUGUACUCCAGCUUUUACUGAGUUGGACAGUCCUGUAGUAAACUACAUACUGUGUCAGCGUCAACAUGCUUCAUUAGAAUGCAUUUUUAUAUUUAAAAUAUUGCAAAUAACUGACACUAAAGUAUAUCUAACUAAUACUUCUCUUGCUUUCCCGGACGUUUGAUCAGUGACAUUCCAGCACCGUAAAAUGCCAAUUUUCUCAACUGAUUAUGGCUGUUAUUUGAAUGUUAAUUUAUAAUGAAUUUUGCGGAGAGGACAUGUAGUCUACGUCACCGUACGGAGCCGUGGUCUAGUGCUAACAUUCCUGGCUCUAUGCACCUAUGCGCUGAUAAGUCUCAUGCAUUGGCGUCGUUAGCCCUGGGUCUCCAGGCCUAUAGCCACGGAUCUUUUAUAAAUAGCCCCGGAUCUCAAAUGGAUCCCAAAAAAGAAUAGCACCUGAUCUAUUAAUCUGUAAUUCAUUAUGACAAUGUAGACGUCAGUAGCGUGUACAUCGAAAUUUUACGCAUGUACAUUCAAGCCCCGAAUGUAUUGUGAUCCUAGCGACGCCUCUGGUCUCAUGACUGUCUCUUCUUUAUCUGCCUCUGAUUCAAACUGUUUUUCAAUUAAAGCAAUGCAAAAUAUA